AUGUCAGUCUCUAAACUUGAAUCACUUCCUAACGAAAUAUUAGCUACUAUUAUUGAGAAAUAUAUUAAUGGUGUAGAUCUACUAAGAGCUUUUAGCUUUCAACUCAAUAAACGAUUUGAUUCACUCAUUAUUCAAUGUCAACGACUUCAUUUUGAUUUUAUUCAAUGUCAUCAAGAUGAUUUUCAUUUGUGUAUGGAUUUUUUACCAGCCUAUAUCGACAAAAUAGAAGAAUUAUCCAUAUCAGAAGAAAACACACCUGGUCAAGUAUAUGCUUUUUUAUCUUUUUUUCCAUCAUUUGCAGCAUUUAAACGACUUCGAACACUUUAUUUUCAUUAUAAUGAUGAAGCUCUCGAUUGGAACAUUGUUGAAAAAGCUCUUAAGUCGUUAGCAGACACGAUGAUUGAAACUUUAUCAAUCAAAGCAAUGAGUACAAACAAUAGAUUAUUAUUGAGAAAUGUUAUUAUCGAUCUUUUUCGCUUAAAAUCGCUGAAACGAUUUACACUUAUGAGCGUUUCGAGUUCUGUAAAUUGGAGUGAUUUGGCGAAUGUCUCUUCAAAUAUUGAACAUUUGACUGUUUCUGGUAUCUAUUGUAAAUUUGAAGAUCUACAAUAUAUUUUCAUAAGCACUCCUUGUCUUAAAUAUCUUGAUGUUGAUUUAAUCAAUAUAAUAUAUCCUUAUUAUGAUGAAAUAGAAAAAAAUAUUACAUCAAUGUCUACCCUUCGUACCCUAAUCUUAUAUUUUGAACAUGAUAGUCCAAUAACGAUGAAUAUCUUAAGAGAAUAUUUUAAUUGUAUGCCAGUUUUAAAACAUCUUGAAAUUAAAGCACACAGUAAACUUCUUGAUGAAAAUGCAUGGAAGAUGUUGUUAGAAACAUCGUUACCAUUAUUAACUCAUUUUAUUCUUCGAACAACUCUAUUUCGUGUAGAAAAAUUUAAUAAUCGUGGUCGUGGUGAAGUAUCUCGUUUAAUAUUUGCUGCAGGUGGUCAAAAAUAUGAAGAUAUUCGUUACGAAGAUGAUGAAUGGUUAUUACAUAAAGCUAAAAUGCCAUUAGGUGAAAUGCCUGUACUUGAAUUUGAUGGUACAAAAUUACCACAAUCAAAAGCUAUUGCUCGUUUUCUUGCUAAACAAUUUCAAUUAGCUGGUAGAAAUAAUCUUGAACAAGGCAAAGUUGAUGCUGUUGUUGAUACAAUUGAAGAUUUAAUAACAAAAUUAAUACCAGUUUUUGAUGAACAAGAUGAUGCCAAAAGGGAAGAACUUAGUAAAAAAUUCUUUAGUGAAGAACUUCCUAAACAUUUACAAAAUCUCGAUGUUUUACUUAAGGAAUUUGGUAAUGGUGGUUUAUUCUUCGUUGGUAAUCAUUUAACAUGGGCAGAUUUAUAUUUUUAUAAUUUUUUCGAAACUAUUCUUGGAAUUAAUGAAAAUUGUUUAGAUAUUUAUCCAUCAUUAAAACAAAAUCGAGAAGAAGUUGAAAAACAGCCAAAAAUUGCAGAAUAUCUUAAAAAUCGACCUAAAACAUCAAUUUAA